AUGACGGUUUCCUGGGUACGCCGUGGAGAAAGCUAUGGCCAGCUCCCAGCCGAUGUGCGAGAGCUCAAUGAGCUCGCACGAGAAUCUGACAGGUUCAGGUUGAAGGCCAUGGCAACAUCUAUGAAAGACCUCGUUGGUGAUCCGCUCGACGAGUUCGCAAAGAAGUUUACAAAUGAGUUUGUGAAGCUUGGCAUCAGGACCAGCAUGUACGUGCGGACGGACAUCCUCGAUGGAUGUGCCGUGUCCAAGUUGGUGCAGUUGGGGCCUGGUGAAGCUCCGCCCACCUGGGACGGAGAGGAUCCCCGCGAUGAGAUUCAAGGAGGGCAGUGGAAGGGAUUGAUAGGUGGGGUGCGCUUCUGCGGCGAGCAGCUGCAUCCCGAAAGCUCGGGCUAUCACGAGGCAGCCGUUGAUACGUAUGGCAGCAAAGGCGAAUGGCCCAGAAUGCCUCCAGGGGGCUGA